AUGCAGGAGCUACCGACGGCGGAGAAGCAAAACCACAACUACGCUGCUGUUGCAACAAAUUCCGAAGAAGCUGAUGUGACGGCGUCCACGUCUAAUCAAUCACAGGGUGAUGUUCACAUCACUUUCAUCCUCCUACUGUGCUGGGUGAUGUUGAGCUCAGGAUUGAUCAUGUUUAACAAGUAUAUUAUUGGUUCUUUGGACUUUGCAUACCCAACAACACUGGUGUUCUGGCACUGCGUGUGUACCAUGACAGCCACGCAAUUGAUUGCGCGUUGCACAAACAAGAUCGACACGGGAAAACAGUUUGGCACCAGCACGAAAAAGUUUUUCGGCGUCAUCGUACCGAUAGGUCUCAUGUUCACGGGAAGCCUGAUAUUCAACAAUCUUCCUUACCUUACGCUUAAUGUGGCCUUCAUUCAGAUGAUUAAGUCUCUCGGCCCUGCAACAAUCGUUUUCGCGCUCUACACUCUCAGACUCGCCACUCCAUCAUACAGAGAAUGUAUUGCCAUCAGUUUGAUCAUUGCCGGUUUCUUGUUCUGUAUGCUGGGCGAGAUCAAAUUCUCACUAAAAGGCACGACAUAUCAAGUUCUAGGACUUCUAUUCGAAGCAUAUCGUGGCGGAUUAACGCAAAAGUGUUUCACGCAGGAGGAACGACUGGAUCCGCUUGCAUUUCUCUACUAUUUUGCGCCUGUCUCGACACUUGCUGUGGGAACCAUUGCGGCGGCUACUGAAUGGCAAGGAGAUAUCUGGGGACAUACUGGAGAGGUCUGGAGCCAUGUGCAAGCGAUACACCCCAGUAUUUUUGCUGCAAAUGGUGCCAUGGCGUUCUCGCUCAAUAUUGUGAUCACGGCUCUGCUCAAACGGACUGGUGCCUUGACCAUCCCGUUGCUCGGCUUGGUACGCACUGUUUUAGUGAUGGUAGGCUCUGUGGUGAUCUGGAACACGGUUGUCACACCGCUUCAGCUAUUUGGUUUCUUCAUCACAGUCAAUGGCUUGGUGUGGUACUAUGUGUUGAAAGCACGCAAGCAAUGA